GACCUAUGGUCCAGAGGCAGCAACUGACAUGAAUACAUUUUGCUCCAUGAAGUCGGGUGUCAAAAAUUGUGAUAGCAAUGGAAAUAGUGGUCCAAUUCCAAGCCAAAAGACCAAACAACGUAUUGAUGAUUACUAUACUACUCUUGAGGCUGAACAUCCAGAUGAUUUUGAGCAGCUCAGGAGUGAUGGACAGCUUGAUCCAGUUGUGGUAUUCAAAAGUAGUGGUUGUGGCUUAGCUCAUGGCCGUUUGCCAAUAGCAAAUGGUGCUAUAAGGAAAUCUGACAUAAAAGGAUCGGGUAGAAAGGCAAACACAGCAAGCCAAACAAAUUCAAGGUCUUAUCAAUAUCUUCUAAGGAGGAAUGCACAGUUGGAGCAGAAUGCUCAGAACUCUGCCCAUAUUGGACUUGUACUAACCAAACAUAUGAAGGAUGUUUUUGAGAAGCUGAACAUGGAGUUACCAGCAGAAAUUGCAGACAUUCUGCAGUCAGUCAAUGCAAAUGCUUCUAUGCCACCAGUUGAUCAGGUUACUGAGUCAUCACAUGCUGGAGACGCUGGUUCUAGUGGUCUACAGAACAAUGGCAUCGAAGAGGAUGAAGGCAAUGCUAACACAGACUAAAAGUGUCCGGACAGCAAGUCUCUUUUGUGCAGUUGGAGUGUAUGGUGAAGCUCCAAGUUGACUUGCUUUGGUUGAAGCAAGGUGACCUCUUUUGUUCAGUUGGAGUGUAUAUGGUGAAGCUCCAAGUCGACUUGCUUUGGUUGAAGCAAGCUGACCUCUUUUGUGCAGUCAUAACCUAGUAUGUAGAUGUUAGAGAGUGAAAAGGCCUCUGUUAUUUAGUUUGCAUGUAUGCAGACUUGCCAAAGUCUUUCUCCCUUGAACUGUUAGUUGGCAUGUAAUCACCUAGACUUUAGUAAGUCUUGCCAUUUGAACCUACUUAGUUGGCAUGUAAGUGUAACAUCC